AUGGGGAGACCUGACCCAGAAGAAGGGCAGCUCCCAGCUCCUGUGAAGCCCCCAGAUGGUGGCUGGGGCUGGAUCGUGCUCCUCGGCUGUUUUGUGAUCACCGGCUUCUCCUAUGCCUUCCCAAAAGCCGUCAGUGUCUACUUCAAGGAGCUCAUGAAAGAUUUCCACGUGGGCUACAGUGACACAGCCUGGAUCUCUUCUAUCAUGCUGGCCAUGCUCUAUGGGACAGGACCAGUAUGCAGCAUCAUGGUGAACCAGUUUGGCUGCCGGCCUGUGAUGCUCAUUGGCGGGCUGCUAGCUUCUGCUGGGAUGAUCCUGGCAUCCUUUACCACCAAUAUCAUUGAGCUUUAUCUGACAGCUGGUGUGCUGACAGGUCUGGGUAUGGCAUUGAACUUCCAGCCCUCACUGAUCAUGCUGGGCACCUACUUCGACAAGCGUCGGCCUCUCGCCAACGGACUGGCUGCUGCUGGGAGCCCUGUGUUCCUCUCCUCCCUCUCUCCACUGGGGCAAGUGCUGCUGGAGAAGUUUGGCUGGCGAGGAGGGUUCCUUAUCAUGGGAGGCCUUCUGCUUAACUGCUGCACUUGUGGGGCAGUCAUGAGACCCCUGGAUAUGGGCAUGAAGAGGAAGAUGGGGAAAGCUCAGGACAAAUAUGAAGCCAAGGAGAUGCUGCCCAUAGGAGGGAAGUCAGAGGAGGGAAUCAGCACCACUGAUGGAACCAAGAAAGGCAAGAAAGCCAAGAAGAAGCCCAAGAAAGGAAAGAAGCUUCUAGAUUUUAGUAUCUUCUCCAACCGAGGGUUUAUCAUUUACACCAUUUCAAAGUUCAUCCUGGUCUUGGGUCUCUUCGUGCCUCCCAUAUUGCUGGUCAACUAUGCCAAGGACACAGGCGUACCGGACACAGAGGCCGCGUUCUUGCUCUCCAUCAUUGGUUUCAUAGACAUCUUUGCCCGCCCAGCCUGUGGCAUGGUGGCGGGGCUGAAGUGGGUCCGCCCUCACGUGGCAUAUCUGUUCAGCUUCUCCAUGCUCUUCAACGGCUUGACAGACAUCUGCAGUGCCAGGGCGAGCAACUACACGGGGCUGGUCAUCUUCUGCGUCUUCUUUGGCAUCUCCUACGGCAUGGUGGGGGCACUGCAGUUCGAGGUGCUGAUGGCCAUCGUCGGCUCCCAGAAGUUCUCCAGCGCCAUCGGGCUGGUCCUACUCAUCGAGGCUUUCGCCGUGCUCAUCGGCCCACCCUCUGCAGGCCGCCUGGUCGAUGCUCUCAAGAACUAUGAGGUGAUCUUCUACCUGGCAGGCUCAGAGGUCGUGCUCUCCGCCCUCUUCCUGGGCGUUGCCAGCUACUGCUGCCUGAACCGAGGGAAGAAGGAGCCUCCCCCAGAGAACAACCCUGCUGUGGGAGGGGGGAGCGACACCGAGGAAGCAGAGUCCGACGUGCAGGAAGCCGAGGAGCACAGCAGUGACAACCACCAGCCAGCCCACAGCACUGACAACGCCAUGGUGGUGGCCAACGAGGAGGCCAACCAUGUGGCAGAGGAGCAGAGGGGGGAGGGAGGCGGCUGUCCCACAGGGGAUGGGGAGGUGUUGGCACGAGAUGGCUGCAAUGCUGACCAGAUGGUGGAGAGGGACAGUUUUUAG